AUGGCCGACUCCACCUCACUUGAUGAUCGGCUCGUUGACCGACUGACAGAACGGCUCCGCACGUCGUCAAGAGUCGCUUCUUCCGACUUCAAAAUGACAACCGGGGACAUCGGAAUCCUCAAAUCCACACUUUUACCUUCGUUUGGAUUAUAUUCGGGACUCUCGCUCGCAACCUUCAUUGCUGCCGAGACCACAACCCGAGUCGAACUUAAAGACUGGCUAUGGCCUUCCGGCCAAGUAAUCAAUGCAUGGUGGAGCGCUGUUGGGCGACCGAUGCACGAAACCGGGAUUUCCUUCUCCGACGCCUGGGCUAGCGUCAGCUGGACUCAGAAACUUCUCCUAGGUGGUGUGACUCUCUGGGGAGCGCGACUGUUCGCGCGAAUCGCAAGCCGAUCCCUUGCUCGUGGAAAGGACGAUCCCCGAUAUGACGCAGUCAAGAAAGAGCCCGGGUUCUGGAAAUCAGCGCUGUUCAAGAUUUUCUUGCCGGAGGCCUUUGUCCUAAGUUUAAUUUCACUGCCUAUCACGAUGCCGUUUUCGAUGGGCGAGACCACGCUUCCACUGAGUUUGAAUUCCCUGGGUACAGUCCGUGCUCUAGGUGUCGGGUUGUUCAGUGCUGGGUUUGCGUUAGAGGUCCUGGCCGACACACAACUUGAGCUACACCGCAGGGAACGGGACGAUCUGUGUCGACAUGGUAUUUGGAGUGUUGUUCGCCAUCCCAAUUACUUGGGUGACACCCUCGUCCAUCUCUCAUUUGCGGUUCUCAAUCUUGCCGACUCGUUCAAUCCUAUCAUGUUUCUUGGCCCCGUUGCUAAUUAUGCAUUCCUUCGCUUUAUUGGUGGCGACAAGCAGACCGAGGAGAGCCAGGAAGUGCGGUACCAAGUGAAUGACCCGCACAAGUAUCAGCAGUUGAAGCAAUGGCGCCAAGAGAAGAACAGCUUCUGGCCUUCCGUGCGCGAUUUGAUAAACCCCUGGGCAUUGGCGGUCGUUGGCUGUGGAUUGAUCGGCGUCGUCGUUGAGGAAAUGUUGAGAACAACGUUUACUGCCUAA